CAUGAAUUGUGUUCAGUCCUAAAAGUAAAGAAAUCUACCGAUCGAUAUGGAAAUAUGCUCUACAUUCCACAGGCUGAUAUGCUUAUGAUUGGGCGCUCUGACAUCGCGCCAUAAGAACUGUGUUUUGAUUUUGCAUAAAUUAUGCGGUCAUCACGGGAUUCUUGCGCACCUUAAAUAAUUUUUAUUGUACGUAUUAGCACUGCAGCAUUUUUUAUCAUGGAAGAAGCACACCCCAUACCCGGUUGGACGGUUUCCGAUGCAGCCAAGACCGGGCUUUUUCUCCUCGUUCUCGGGCUGUUUAUCCGCCGCUUUUUUCUACGGAGACCACGCCUUCCUCCCGGCCCCUUUGCCUUUCCGAUCUUCGGGGCGCUGCCGUUAGUGGAUGCCCGGAAUCCCCUGGAAACCUUCCGCCAGUGGGCUAAACAGUACGGCAAGAUGUACUUCAUCAAAAUGGGCGCCAACAACGUCAUUAUGCUGAACGAUGCCGAACUGGUUCGGGAAGCGUUCUCCGGUGAUGUGUGCAAUUAUCGGCCGCAGCAUAUUGGUGUGCGGAAGAGAAAGAAGGAAUCUGGGGGCGGAUGCGGAAUUAUUUUUGCCGACGGUUUGCUAUGGAAAGAACACCGGCGUUUCCUUCUGCGAACUUUCCGUGAUUUGGGUGUUGGACGGCGGAGUAUUGAGGAUAAAAUCAAGCAGGAAGCUGAUUACUUGCUGACCAUAGUCCGUGACGGACAAGGUCAACCCAUGGACACCACCCUGCCGGCGAAAACGGUGGUGGGCAACGUCAUCACCAGCAUCGUCAGCAGUGACCGUUACUUGAUCGAUGAUCCCAAUAAGGAAUUUGCCGAACUGGUGGAGAAAGCUGAUCGGAUGUUUAAGAUCUCCUUUGAAAGUGUCAUGAUUGAGAGCUACGAGUGGUUGUGGUGGAUUCCGCCGUUUACUAAGGAAUACAAGAUUCUCACCGGGUGUUUUGAGUAUAUUCGGGAUUAUUUCGUUAAGAAAGUCCAGAAACAUCGGAAGGAAUGGCGUGAAGGAGAGGAACGCGAUCUGAUGGACACGUAUAUGACAUCGAUGAAGAAUAAGGAACAUGCGACGUUUUCCGAGAAACAAUUAGGAUAUUUGGGCGAUGACUUAAUGUUGGCUGGGCAUGAAACUACAGCGACGACGCUGCGAUGGGGCCUUCUAUACAUGUGCCUGUAUCCGGAUAUUCAGAAGAAGGUACAAGUAGAGCUGGACGGGAUCAUGGCGCCCGGAAGUACUAUUGUUCCUUCCGAUCAAUUGAACAUGCCGUACACCGAGGCGGUACUAACCGAACUCAGUCGUAUCGGGAGCAUUGUACCGUUUGGUGUGAUGCACAUGGCCGAGAAGGACACCACCCUGGCAGGAUACGACAUUCCUCAAGGUACAUGGAUUAUGCCAAAUCUGCAUUACAUACAUCACGAUGACACUUUAUGGGAAAAUCCAAACGAAUUCAUACCAGAAAGAUUUCUUACGUCAGAUGGAAAAACCUUGAAGUGCCCUGACUAUUUGAUACCGUUUUCCGUUGGAAAACGGCGCUGUCCGGGAGAAGGACUGGCGCGAACGGAAAUUGUUUCCCUCUUUACCGGCGUUCUGCGUAAUUUUGAUUUGCGGGUUGAACAUCCGGAGAGGAUAUCGAGAAUUCCCAUCAUGGGCCACACCUUGGAGCCUCAACAUCACCAUAUAAUCGCCACACCACGAUGAACGUUCGCAAUGGAAACUGGAUGGAGGUUUUCGAAUUAUUUUCUUUGCAAGAAAUGUCGUGAUUUCAGGAAGAUGUGAUUCUUUAAUAAAUCAGCAUUUCGCUGUGU